AUGAAGUACGUCCUUGUGGUCUUCAUCCUUCUGCCCUCCAUGAUAUCCACAGGGUAUUCCCUCACUUGUAUAAGUUGUACUAGUACCACUCAAACACCAUGUACUGGGUCUGCAGUCACGUGUGCGGCCACUGAAGACGUCUGCACCUCCAUCUACACCGAAACUAAACUCACAGUGUACGGUAUAACAAGCUACGCAAUAGUGAGAGGAUGUGGGGCAUCAUCUGAAUGUGACAAUCCGAAGAGCCUGAGUAACCAGUUCAUGACCGUGGAUAUUAACACCGGCUGCUGCCAGUCUAAUAACUGCACUCCUGCAGCGGCUAUAGUAACGCCCAAUACAGUUACAAAUAAUCUGGCGUGCCCUUCUUGUUUCACUUUAACAUCUUCAACCUGUGUGCCAGAUAGCCAAAUCGAGUGCACUGGAAGCGAAAUCAAAUGUACAACAUAUUCAAUAACUACUCUCACAGACCCUUCAAGACCGAUCUUGGCCAUGGCAGGAUGUGCCAGCGAAAAUAUGUGCUCAAACUACAAUGGCACCGCGUCCAGCAGCGUCACCGGGCAAAUGAAUAUAAGCAUUGGAUGCAGUAAUGCCACUGUCAGUCCGAGUGCCAUAAGCAGUACCAUCACACCUUCUAGUAACAAGGAAUCGGUCCCAUCUACCGCCAGCCUUACAGCCACAAGCCAUGCUGAGACCCAGACCUAUUACUUUACUACCGAUAUCGCCAAUUCCUACCCGAGCAUCAAUACCUCCGAUAUAUACUACACUACCAACGUGACUUUCACACCCACUCCAUUUCACAGCACUUUGCGUCAAAGCGUCACCAGCACCUGUGUGUGUAAUGGGUGUGAAAACCGCCACUUCAAGCUCGCAACUCUCGCAGCGCUCAUAGUCACACUGGUCAAAUAUUUUCUUUAA